AUGAAGUUUGUUGCAUUGAUAUCUGGAGGCAAAGAUUCGUUCUUUAAUAUAUACCACUGCCUAUCACAGGGCCAUGAAUUAGUUGCAAUUGCAAAUCUUUACCCUCAAGACGAGUCCAACGAUGAAAUAGACUCAUUCAUGUUUCAAACUGUGGGCCAUGAUAUCAUCGACUACUACAGCCAAUGUCUUGAAGUCCCUCUUUAUAGACAGAAAAUUGUUGGCAAAUCAUCAAACCAGAAUCUAGAAUAUGAAUAUACCAAGGACGAUGAGAUUGAAGACUUGUAUAAACUACUAUCAACAGUCAAGAGUAAACAUCCUGAAAUUGAAGGUGUCAGUUGUGGAGCUAUACUUUCUCAUUAUCAAAGAACUAGAGUUGAAAACGUAUGUGAUAGAUUGGGAUUGACUUCGUUGGCCUACCUUUGGCAAAGGAACCAGAAUGAUCUUAUGUUGGAGAUGUGCGAGAGUGGACUUGACGCAAGACUCAUCAAAGUAGCUGCCAUUGGCUUGAACGCCAAACACUUGGGGAAAGCAUUACAAGAAGUGUACCCUCAUUUGCUAAAACUCAAUCAAAUGUACGAUGUUCACAUAUGUGGAGAAGGGGGCGAGUUCGAAACAAUUGUCCUUGAUAGUCCAUUUUUUAAGCACAAGAAACUUGAAAUUGUUGAUCAAAAGGUGAUAAUUCAUCCGGGGGAUGUUUUUUAUUUGAAAUUGAAAGUCCAGUUGGUCGAAAAAUUGGCAUUUGAAUGUCCACUUCUACAAGCACCUCCUUUACUACAACAUGAAUUGGCCGAUGCUGCACAGUCAGACCAUUUGCAUGAAGAUGUAGCACCACCUAGCCCGGAAGGAACUUUCAGUUCCUACAUUCCACCAAUCAAUGUCAUAAACACACCAACGAAACUUUAUGUCAGUAACCUAACUUCAAAUCUGGGAACAGUAGAAGGUCAGACUGAAGGUAUAUUCAAGCAAUUGCAAUCAAUAUUGAAUGAGCAUGAACUUGGUUUUAAUGACGUACAACACAUAAAUGUUCUAUUGUCGGAUAUGACCCUAUUUGCCAGAAUGAACAAGGUUUACGCCACUUUCUUUAAAGAUAUUUACCUACCACCAUCAAGAAUAUGUCUCGAGACUGAUAUAUCUAGUACAAUUCAAAUAUCGUGUGUGGUUCUCAAAAAUAUUCAACCCAAAACAGGAAUACACAUACGGUCAAGAUCGUACUGGGCACCACAAAACAUUGGCCCUUACUCGCAAAGCAUAAUCGAUUCACAAAAGCCAUACAAACUUGCCAGUUUAUCAGGACAGAUUCCAUUGAUUCCGGCAACUAUGGAUAUCUCAGAGAAUAACAUUGCCUUCAAUGCGGCAUUAUCGCUCCAACACUUAAACCGAGUUGUGGAGUUGAUUGAUGUGCGAAACCCGGCUGUGAUCACUUGUUUUGUCACAAAUACUGCAUUUGUUCCUAUCGUUCUAGAUUGUUGGAAUCAAUAUGUAAGCACAAGAGAACAGAAUUGGACUUCACUGUCUCAAAACUUGGUUGUUUCUGAAGUACGUGGUCUUCCUAGAGGUGCCGAUGUGGAGUGGGGUGGAUACAGCUUCAAAGAGUUGCCAAGCUACCAAGAUGAUGAUGAUGAUGAAGAAGAAGAACAAGAAGAAGAACAAGAAGAUGCUAGUGCAACAUUUAAUGAGCCCCAAAUUCAACAAUUCGAUUUUUCUAGUGAAUGCACUAUUGCCAAUGGAUCGUACAGAUUCAUGUCGUUAUUCACAUCAGACUUCACAGUAGUACGAGAAUAUCUCAAUGUACUGCUGUGCUUUGCAACAUUGUUGGCAAGUGAAACGAUACCAAAUUUGAACGUGGAAUUCUUCCCUGUUCGUAAUGUGUACAACGUCGAAGGGAAAGAAUACAAAUACUGCCUCAUUGUGAGACGAGAACGAGUUAUUGAAUAG